GAGAACAAGGGGUCCGUGGAAAUCAUGAGGAAGGACUUAAAUGAUGCCCGGGACCUGCAUGGUCAGGCAGAAUCAGCCGCUGCUGUGUGGAAGGGGCAUGUUAUGGACCGAAGAAAGAAGGCCCUGACUGACUACAAGAAGCUUCGGGCCUUCUUUGUGGAAGAGGAGGAACACUUUCUGCAAGAGGCUGAAAAGGAUGAGGGUCCUUCGGAGGAUGAUGAGCAGGCUGACCCAGCAGAACGCUUCCGGUCCUUACUGCAGGCUGUGUCAGAGCUGGAGAAGAAGCACCGGAACCUGGGCCUUAGCAUGCUACUGCAGUGAAGAUGCUUGCGCAGCAGGCUGGCCCCCUGGAGCAUGAGGCAGAAGGAACCACCUUCCAUUGCUGGCCUGCAGCACCCCCACCUACAUCUCUCAGGCCUCUCUGCCUGGCGCUACCCUUCAUCCUGAACAGGUCCCCAUCUCUGUCAACACUGAUAACACAUUGGUCUGGGAUGAAGCAAAAGGUGCCCCGCUUUCGGUCAUUUACAUAGUUCCAUUUCUCAGCAGUGUUUUUAGUUUUCUUUGGGGCAUGAAUAUGGUCAGGCCUGUUCCUAGUAGAGACCAGUCCUGGGAUUCCCUUCCCAGUGUGUCCCAACCCUGCCUGAGACCAGUUGGCAGGUCUGAAGCCCCUGCUUCUUAUUUAGUCAUGGCACAGGGCCUAGUGUGACAAUGUCACUCUAGCAUCCAAGAACCAAACUUUGCACCUUCCCCAUUGGUGCCCUUGACAGGAUUGGCUCACCAGACAUUCCUCAGCAAGGCUCUGGGGCAUACCACUUAUAGUCAGCAUGUGUUAGUGCCAGGGAAUAGAGAUGUAGGAGGCCCUGGGAUUUGGCUGGGACCCGACUCUUAGUGGUGGCAGGGGGAGCAUUCUCCACCCUCCAGAGGGCUGGUCCCUCCCUUUGGGUCUUGCUGUGCCAGAUCCUGGGAGCUGUCUUAUGCUUUGCUUUCCUAGCCUCUUUCCUUCUAGCUUGUGCCCCUUGGGUGUCACUGUCAUCCCCAAAGUGCUCCCUACUGUUACCCACCUCUCACGGAAGGGACCAUCUAUCUUCCCUGCAGAAGAGCGGCAGGGGUGGCAUCUCCAAGCCACCUGGUGCUUCACUUCAUUGUAUUUUUGGCUUUCUCACCUCAUAUUUUCUCUAGUAGGUGAAUUUCACAAAACUUGUGGCGUAGCGGUAGCGUGGUUGCCUGCAACAUUGUGUGUGUAGAUAACUAGUCCAAGAAACAAAACCCAGCAGAGUGGACAGACAGGUCAGGGGCCAAAGAUACAGACCUAUGUAGGUUUGGGGGUUAAUGAUGUUCUGUCCUCAGAAGGCCCCGCGGGGCCUUGGGUGUAGUGACUAGCUCCAGCUUGACUUCCAGGUGGUCUGGGUUCUCAGUGCUGAAUAAAAUGGUUUGCUCCAGCC